AUGCGCACUUCUCGCACUUCCAGGGACACCGCUAAGGUGCUGCAGGCUCUGUCGGCCCCUAUCGGACGACAAACGCGUAACUCCAAUGCGAGCGCUCUGAACAGUUUCGCGUACAACGCGAAUGCAAUUCCGACCAUCAAGACAGAAUUGGAGUCAGAAGAUGUUUCGACAACAUCCAGUCUCUCUGCUGUCAAAAGCGACGAUGAAUCUUCCCUCUCCGAGCUCUCCGAGGCCGACACGGCGGACAUCGAAGACCUCCUUGAACCGCCAUUGAAGCGCCAAAAGCGAAACGCGAGCCCCAUAAACCCACGAGUCCUCAAGCAGAGCCCAAAUCCUCGCACAUCGCGAAAGGUGGCAGUGAAGGACGAGCCCGAUCAGAAACCAACCCCGGCACCCAAACAAAGACGACUCCCGGCCCGAGAAACCCGCGACAUCGACGGCUCGGUCAAGGUCGAGCCCCCGACCAACUGGGAGCAGAUGUACGAAACUGUGCGAGAGAUGAGGGAAAAAGGCGGCCCGGCUGCAGAUGCACCAGUAGACACAAUGGGCUGCUCGCAGCUAUUCUGGCGCGCGUCAUCACCAAUAGACCGUCGAUUCCAGACACUUAUCGCGUUGAUGCUCUCAUCCCAGACGAAAGACACGGUUACGGCAGUAGCGAUGCAACGUCUCCACACGGAGCUCGGAGACGGCACCGCCCCAGCUCAGGAUAUCAAGAUUAAACAAGAAGACGAUGAUGCAAAACCCGUCGACAGCACCCUCAACCUAAACAACAUCCUAGCCGUGGACCCAACGCGACUAAACGAACUAAUCCGCACGGUCGGCUUCCACAACAACAAAACAAAAUACAUCAAAGCAACCGCGCUGAUCUUGCGAGACCAGCACGGAGGGGAUAUUCCUUCGACUCCAGAGGGCCUCAUGGCGCUUCCCGGUGUCGGACCCAAAAUGGCUUACCUAUGUAUGAGCGCGGCAUGGGACGAACACGUGGGAAUCGGUGUCGAUGUGCAUGUUCAUCGCAUUACCAAUCUCUGGGGUUGGAAUAAGACCAAGACCCCCGAGGAGACGAGGAAAGCGCUGCAGUCGUGGUUGCCGCGUAAUAGGUGGCAUGGGAUUAAUCAUUUGCUUGUUGGCCUUGGGCAGACGGUUUGUUUGCCUGUUAAGCGUCGGUGUGGGGAUUGUAAGCUGGCUCACUUGCGGCUUUGCAAGAGUGAGAUUCGAGGGCUUAAGCCGACGAUGAAGGUUAAGGAGAGUCCUGAGGUUGAUGAGCCCAAGGUUAAAAUUGAGGCUCUUUGA